UAUCUAGUGAAAUGCUCAAAAACCAGUAAUUAUAUACCCCAGGAAAGUUUACUUAUAUAUAAUUAGAAAAUGCCCUGAAGAGUAUUCUGCGCGUAGCUGGUGGUUUUAAGGAGUUGGAGUUGAGACCGCGAAAAGCGAAAAAUUAGGGAGGCUGCCCGCGCUUCAAUCCCUAAAAAUGUGCAAGAGAGAAUCGUUUCAUGACCAAGUUUAUAAGACUUUCCGUAAAGCACAGAAACUACUCAUGAUUCAAUAGCGCCAUAAACGCGGUAAUCACUAUUCAUUAAAUAGGUUUUCAACCUAGUAUCGAUAAGAGUAUAUAAAUUUAGCUUGAUCUGGUUUUCUGAUAAAAGCGAAAGCAUUAUUUCGUAAUCCAGUGCAAAAAUCCAUAGGAUUACGUGUUUCUAUUGAUGUUGAUGUAUAUACGUACAUAGUCUUAGAUAGAAUAUUAGUACAGUAAUGCGUGACUUUUGACGCAUAAAUUGCGUCAGAGAAUUAAUGUGUUCGCUUUCAGGUGCAAAAAUUAAGUGUGUAAGAAUAAAACCGUCGAGAAGUGGUCUUUAUAAAAGAUGACGCUUUCUUUAUUACAUUAUGUUAAUUAUUGUGUUAAACAGUUUUUUAAUUAGUUUCACGAUCGAUGAUUAAGAUUAUGCUAAAUAUUCACGCAUUCUCAUUAUGUAAUAUAUAUUUUUAUUAAUGAAAAUAUAAAAAUAAAAAAUUGUAUUCAUCUCACUGAAAUAACAUGUAAUAUUGCUCACUAUAACCCAGCCCGGCUUUGGGUAAGGUUUUAUACUAUACGUUUUCAAUAAAGAUGACAGGGGAGUCAUACGUUUGAAGUAUGUAUGCAAAUACAUUACAUUACACUACGCUCAAUUUUUGAUACCGGUACCACUUUUUGGUUAUAGGUAGUCCAAGAACCACUGAAAAGUGGUACGGGUACCAAUUUUAUCCGUGCCGUACCAAAAAUUGAGCGUAGUGUAAACGGGGCUUUAAACUCCCUAUAUUAUUGUGCUAGUGGUGAUUUAGAACACAGAAACAUGCAAGCCUGAUAUACUCAGGUUAUAAACUUUUCUCCCAGAAAUCCAGUAAUGGUCAUCCUCUUAUUAGGAGGUUCAAACUUCUGCUACCACUAUACUAUUACCUCUCACUGGCUUAGCCGCAUUUUGAUUGGUUAAUUGGAUAUAACAAACGCAUCUGAUUGGUUAUUGGUUAAUGUUAUUGGUAGCAAUCAUCUUCACUAAGGGACGGACCAUUAGAAAAGUGAUGGGGGGGGGGGGAUUUUCUAAGACUAGGCAAUACAUUUUUUUCUUGUACACCUAUAGAAGAAAUUUUUUUUUUCUCACUUGAUGACUGGAAAUUUUUUUUUUGAAGUGAAAUUUAUAGGCUUAUCUUUCAAGCUAGGAAUUUUCUUUUUGCCCUAUGCCUGGGAAGGUUUUUAUUUUUCCUGAUUGUUUUUUCUGGGAAUAUUUUUUUUUUUGGUUUUGCCCUAACCCCCUCCCCCCCCCAUCACUUUUCUAAUGGUCCGUCCCUAAACAAACUUUUAAACUGUUUUGUAAAGAGGUUCAGUACAAGCAUGGAUUGUAAAAUGUAUUUUAUUAUCCAUGGUACAAGUGCCGUCUCCUUUUGCCUGAGGAGAAAUUUUUUGACUUUGUGUUUCGUGGCGAAUACAUGUAAUACACGACCCUAUUGUGUGGUACGAUAUAAAUUCAUCUAUUGAGCAAUGAGUCACUCGACGUUUAGCUUUGCCGCAUAUAGUGGGAGUCGCCAUUGAUUUAUCUCAUGACAGACUUAUCUCAUGACAUCGCCCGUCAUUUCCAAUACCCUGUGUAAUUAAAGGGGAGAUGACAACCAUUAUAUGGCCACGCGGCAUCCCGUCCCCUUGCGAUAAUAACUGUUCUAGAUAAGUAUGGAGUCACUUGACUUUAUGCCACAUAUGUUGUGGUAUAGUUUAUCUCCUAAACUGUAUAAGAUAAGACAUUUUCCGGACAUGAAAUUUACAACAGCAUGUACUAAGUAAUCUUCUCAAUCUAAGCUUAUCUCAAUACUCGUGCAAUAGCUUACACAACAAUCAACGGUGCUCGCGUUGCAUCGCAUUAUAUGCAAAUUCUUUUCCGGCUGUAUUUCCUCACAAUAUAUAGCUUCCGGCGUAUUAUUGAAAAGCCGCGAUUGUCUUCAUUACAUUUUUGACCUGCAUGCGCACUGCCGCCAGCUAUGUACAUUUUACUAUAAUUUUAUGAAAUAUUACUUCUGUAACAUGUGUGUCACUAUUGAACAAUCUAUUACCUAACGCUCUUUCACUCUCUGAAACAAAUUACAACAUAUUUUUUGCGUAUACAUAUGCGAUAACAAAAUACUUUGCCCCUGUAUAGCCGCGUGCCAAAAAGGUCAAGUAUGGUUAGCAUUUCAAGCUUUUAUAAACUACAUACAAAGCGGUAGUAUAGGCUUCCUUCUUCUGACGAGUUUAAAAGGAAGUGCUAAGGUUACGUGCAUAUACUUACAUUUGCAAUCAAAUUUUUUUUCAUUCUGAUAACUGCAGAUUGACGACCAUUUCACCUGUAAAAAAGACGUUUCCAAACAAUUUUAUGAUUGUUUUAUUUAUUUAUUUUAUUUAUAUUUUAUAUUUUUUCGCCCAUACAUACAAAAUAAAAUAUGAAAUAUAGGAUUACAGAAAUAGUGCUAGAGGUCUACUAUAGAAACCAAACAAAGGCUUUUGAUUACGACCUCAUGCAAGUAUUUACAAUCAGUAUUUACAUUGAUGAUCAGAACUUAAGAUAAGAGUAACAGAAAAAAAGAUGAAUUUGAAGAAUUUUUAUAAUAUUUCAAAUAAUGACAACGAUACAUAUAUGUUUCAUAAAAUUUAUGUUUCCGAAUAAUAUCGGAUUUUAAAUUUUGUAUAAGUCAGUAUUUAACUCGUUGCAGAUAUUUACACCUUUAUUGUAAAGUGAAUGUUUAACAAGAUUAGUUCUUGAGUAUGAUUUAUGAAGUUUGGUUGCGUUUCUUGUAUUGUCCAGAAACCAUGACCAGAAAAAAAAAGAAAAUUGAAAAAAAAAAAUCAACAGUCAGUCUCAACCAUGCGUCUUGUGUCACCAUAUAUUGUAUAUUCUCAAGAUGUCUGGUCUUUUCGGAAUUUGUUUUUUGGUUUACUUUCUUGUAUUGUGUUCAUGUAUUUUGUUGUUUAUAGAAUAUAGUAACAUAGUAAUUGUGAGUUUUCUGCGCCGUUUUCAAAUUCACACGUUUUGCAGUGUCAAUGUGGUCCAAUUCAAACCCACAAAUGAGGCAUACUCUUCGCAAUGAUAUGCAUGUGCAAUACACUCAAUACAGUGCGAUAUGGAUGGUAAAAAAAUUCAGUGUUGAUAUAUUAUGACACAGUGUCCAUUUUUUAAAUGGUAAAGUUUCUUUUGUACUAAGGAUCCCUAUUACGCUGCCGUGUGUUGUGAUGAACUACCUGAAUACGCCUCCACGUUUCAAAAGUCAUAUAAAUGUAUUAGCUCAGCAUUUAAAAGUUGACUGUACUUUGAGCACAUUUCAUGAGCUGCGUCACUAUCGCUUUCAUUUCUCUGAGCCGGUUAGCAGCGGGUGUUUUCCUGCACUAAGCACAUACAAGGAUAUCAAGUUACGCUGUCAAGAAGCUUAAAUAUCUGCAGCGCGAUUGCACAGACGAAACCUCUCCAAAUCAUCUCGCUUCACACGAGCAAAAGACGUGGACAUAGGAAUGUGAGGCACGAAACCGGGUUUUAAGCUUGUCUACCUUCUACUAGAAUCACAGAUUCGUAUGGUUGUAUUCGAAAUAUUAGUCCCGUGCGUAUACGAGAUUUAAUGGCAACGAUUAGACAUACAAGUUAUGGCAUAUAUGCGUUCACACGCUAUCAUAAAGAUUUGUACUUAGGAAACCAGUAUUAGAUACCUUAGCGGUGGAUCAACGUAUUUAUAUUACCAAAGAUUAUACAAAAAUUUUCAAUGGUAUGGUUCUAUUACUAAUGGAUCACAAAUACUGAACGAAAUCAGGGGAUACGUGCAGAUAAAAUACAGCAAGACAGAUUGUAAAUACAAAAGUCGAUACCCUGUUGGGUUAUAUAACAAACGAGGACGACACAUGAAGCGAUUUUUCACAAGGCACAUGUCUCUAAGACGACGUGCCCAUUAUACGUUGCUGAGUUGUAGUGACUCGCAAUUGAAUAGAACGUUAAAAAACGACACGAAAGGGGACAUUUGCGGUAGUCCAGAGGACGUGGACACCGCACAGAAUGUUUCGCAACCAAGGAGACGUUGGUAUAAGCUGUCGCGGCGUAAAAAACGUCGCGAAAGCGAGACAACUUUAGUGCGCGAUGAGGAAGGCGCUAUGCUUUCUAGCCAAGCGCACGAGGAUCUCGAGAUAGCCGUUGAGGCUUCACCUUGCCACUAUGAAGACACUUAUACUGGUCACGCUACCUUGACACGAAGUGUAAGUGCUUCGAUGCUGGACGUGCGGAAUGCUGGCAUUGAUGGCGAGCAUUGUGCUCAAGUAAACAGAACAGUAAUACCUGUACAUGAACAUUUUGUUCAGAUGCACACGGCUAACAGGUCGGGAUUAAAGCCCGAGCAUCUGGGAAAACGUCGCUUUGCUAUAUGCGAGGAACUGGAACGUGAUAUUAUUAUGGAUAAUGGUGUGAACUUGAGAAAAAGCCGAAAGAAUUUGGUCAUCAGGCAAGUUCUACACGACUUACUGUUGCUGUAGCGAGGUAAAGUGUGCGGGAUGCCAUGAAGUUAUAACUUGCGCACGUCAGCCCGUGCGCGCAUAAAAUUCUAAUCACGGAUAUUGCGCGAUUACCGCCAAGGUGUGUAUUUAUCACAGUAUUAUGCUCUGAGCGCUUUUUAACGACGAUUUUUAAUGCAGUAUUGAGCAUGGGUAUAAAAUAUGUCCACAUUCCUCGUAGCCUAACGAGCAUAUUCGUACAUUCUAUCAUCAUGCCUUACAUAAAGGCGGGAGCGAGCUAUAUUAAAAGCAAAAGGAACAUGUAUAUAUUAUUGUACAUUGUACAUAAAUCCGUCCUUACACAAUAAACAUAAUUUUGAAGUCUGGUAAAGUGGCUGCCAUUGGUUUCCUGUUUGCUUUUA